CAUCCAGCCCACUAUGUCCAGGCCAAAGCCUGCCAAGCAGGUAUCAAGUAGCCAGAGGGCUGCUCUGAAACCAUCCAUGGCUAAGCCUACAAAGAUGUCCGCAAAGUCAAGUGGGAAAUCUCAACUGGUUGUAGAAUCUGCAAGUGUCAUUCCCAGAAAAUCUUCAGAUAGUGGAAUCGCCAAUGAUCGUUUAUCGGAUACGUCCAGCUCUGAUGAUGUCUUGAAGUCUGUCAUCAAAGUUUUAACGGUUCCCUGUUCACGCUGUUCGAAUGUGGACAAGGGGAGUAUUGACAUGUUGUACAGAUAUGUUGUCAUCGGAGCUCAUUUGUUCAAUGGCGAUCUUUUUUGGGUGACACUUCUAUAUAUGUUUUCUUCAUCAAAUCCAAAGCUUCUACCUUAAGUAGUAAUAGGGUGUAUGGUUUGAGAGCAUGCCAUUAUUUGCGAUGUAUCAAGCCUUGUGUGCCAGUGUAAAACAAUGUCAAUGCACAUCAGCAACAGAUGCUCCACAUACAUGCAAUUGACCACACAGUGGUUUUGCAUUAUUUCAUUAUGAUGUUGAUCGUUAUGAAAUAAUGCAAAACCACUGGCCAAUUCAACAGUCGUACGUACCACCUGCUUUUGUAAUAUUGAUCAAGCUAUAGGGGCCUAUGCUCACUCAGUCACUGCUACUGGUGCUUUUAAGAACAACCCUUUCAUUCUUCAUAUUGAAGUUGAACACAGUAUACAUGUACUUUGUAGGGCUUGGUUUGAGAACAGUGUUACAAGUACUUUCUUCGCACACUUCAGGUUAGGUAACAAUACAAGAAUACAAAGUCAUGACUACGUCACAGCUGAAGAUGUGCGGCCCCGCGCCGGCGUUUAAGUCCGAUGCCGUUAUGCCCAGCACAGAAUUCAAAGAAAUCUCACUGUCUGACUACAAGGACAAGUACUUGGUCUUCUUCUUCUAUCCGUUGGAUUUUACAUUUGUAUGCCCGACCGAGAUCAUUGCAUUCAGCGACCGUGUCGAGGAGUUCAAGGCCAUCAACUGUGAGGUACUUGCCUGUUCCUGUGAUAGUAAAUUCUCGCAUUUAGCAUGGAUUAACACUCCACGCAAGAAAGGAGGUCUUGGUGAAAUGAAGAUCCCCCUUAUGGAGGACAAGAAUUGCUCCAUUGCCCGGGCCUAUGGGGUGCUGAAGGAGGAUGAAGGCAUUCCAUACCGUGGCCUGUUCAUCAUUGAUGGCAAACAGAAUCUUCGCCAAAUCACCAUUAAUGACUUGCCCGUUGGCCGCAGCGUUGAUGAAGUCCUUCGUCUUGUCCAAGCUUUCCAAUUUACUGACACCCAUGGGGAAGUUUGUCCUGCUGGUUGGAAACCAGGUGCAAAGACCAUGAAGCCUGACACGAAAGGCAGCAAAGAUUAUUUCGAGAAGUCAAACUAAUUCCACCCAAGAGACACUGCCCCUUUGUAAUACAAUCUAGACUUUAGUCUUUCCUCAUAAAGGUUUUUAUAUCCGCUUUAAGAGCAUUGUGUAAGAAACCUAAUGAUAGAUUUCUGGGUUUUUUAUCUCGGAUCAAAGAUCAAAGAUCAAAUUUUUUCAUUUUUUCAUCCAAAACUUUUUUGACUUAUAUGUUGAGCCCCUGUAUCAUUUUUGGGUUAAGAAAACAAAGUCAUGACUUUUUUAGACCAAAAAAGUCAUUUUAAAGUUUAAAAGAUUGGAUGAGAAAUCUGUAGAUCUGCCUGGAAGAAUUUUUUCCAGAUUUUCAUAGUGGAUAUGUCCAUCUAUGGACAUUAUAAUGACAUACAUUACUAGUCGGAUCAGUGAGUCUCUUUGGAAUGAGUUUCUUUCCUACAUUCAUGUGUAUAUGGCUUUGUGUUGUUUGUUACUGACUGUAUGUGGCCUGUGUUCUGCUUAAUAUGAGUUUGUAUUCUCGCCAAAAACUCAAUAGAAUUCCAACUGCAGAGAGUAUGCUGAAGAAGAAGUUUCCAUGGAUUCAAGUGAGCCAGGGUCAUAUAGUCUUCUCUCGCAAUGCAUAUCAACUGUAACUCUUCCUGCCCAUGUAGUGUUCUAACUAUGCAUAUCGGUUUGAGUUUGGUAUCUCAGAAUCCAUCCUGA